CGUCGUUUCACCUUGUGGGCUGGCUUCCGGCAGGAUUGACGUUCGAAAAUGAAGCUGCUCCUGGCAUUCCAUAUCGCGGCCGUGUGGGCCUUGGUUUCUGCCGAUCUCACCGUGGACGAUUUAGAUCUGUUCGAUGUUGUCGAAGACGUGAAACAGAAUUUCUACGAUUUCCUCGAGGUUCCCGCGAAUUCGACGACCUCUGACAUCCGGAAGGCGUACCGGCGUUUAUCGUUGCUGUAUCACCCCGACAAGAAUUCUGACCCUGACGCUCCCGAGAAAUUCCGGAAAAUCGCCUCCGUGGUCGAAGUCUUGAAAGAUGAGAAGAAACGAGCGAAGUACCAUGAGGUGCUCGAGUACGGCAUUCCCGAUUGGGCUCGUAGCAUGUACUACAGAUACUACCGCAAAGCCCGCAAAAUGGGAUCGACGGAAAUGAGCGUUUUGAUGGCGAUUAUUGUGACCGUGGCCCAGACGCUCUGGAUGUACGCGUCCUAUUGGGAGAAGAAAUUCACCAUCAACUCGAACGUUAACGAAGCUAUCAAGAGGAAGAAACUCAGGUCCACGAACACGAAGAAGAACAAAGCAGCUGAAGAGGAGAUCAGACAGCUUCGGGAGGAGCUCAUGUCGCACAUAAUCGCUCCCACUUUCAAGGAUAUUUGGUUCGUCAGUUUUCCGAUCUCGAUGUUCUACGGAAUUCUCGCGCUCCCGAGUCUUAUCAAGGAACGAUUGAAAAAAGAAGAAAUACCAGAAGAGGCCGAGGAGGAAGAAGAGGAAGAAAUCGUUAGACCUAAACGGACUCCUCGACAGAGGACCGAAGUCAAAGGGGCACAAGUUGUCAACGGGAACGCUCCAGUAGUCACGACGACGAAAGCGUCGGCUCCACGGGAGUCUGGCCAAAAAGAGCUGAAGUCGGGCCCAUGGACCGACACUGAAGUCGCUGCACUCAUCCGACUACUGAAGAAGUUCCCCGUCGGAACUCAGGACCGAUGGGACAAGAUAAGCGAAGCUCUCAAUAGGAGCACUGCCGAUGUCACAGAGAAGACAAAAACCUUGCGAACGUCCAACACAAACGUCAUUCCACAGCAACAGAGCACGAACAAGUCGCUCUGGGUAGAAAGUGAGAUCACUUCGAAGAGCUCAGAUGAGGAUGAGAAUGAUGAAGGGGACGAACCUGCGGAGAAACUCGAUCCCACCGAAUGGAGUCAGGCUCAACAGAAGCAGCUAGAGCUUGCAAUGGUGGCGUUUCCAAAGUGGACUGAAGGACGUUGGGAUCUCAUCUCAGAUCGCGUCGAUGGCAAAUCGAAACGGGCUUGCAUAAGCCGCGUUCAGUGGCUUAUCGAAAACAUCAAGAAGAAGAAAACUGAACAGGUGGAAUAAUUAGAUCGAUGUGGGAUCCAUUGUCAUAGAUAUAAAUAAUGGAAUGAAUGUCAUCUCAUAGCGAUGUAACGCGGUCACCUGAAUUGUUGAAACUGAGCGAAUUCGUUGAAAGAGUUGCCGGAAUAUAUUUUCAUACAUAUGUUGGAAUCGUU